AUGUUAAUCAACAACCUCAUUUCAGUUCUUUCAUUUUCUUCUUCAUCUGUUUUAAAUUCAACAAUGUCGACGAGUACAAAUCAAACAUCCUUUGAAUCUGAUAAUUUGAUUUCGAAAAUAGAAUGUCGUUUACUUUUGAAUGGUAAAAGAGCACCACCACCAAAGCCAUCAACUCACUUCUUUUAA